AUGUUGCCCCAAGCCUUAGAUAGUGGCCGCCGUAUCAGCAGGCAUAUCAUGACACUGUUUUUGUUUACGAAGUCUGACGUCUUGACCACUCUGUUGCCUGUCACUUUGUUUGCCUUGGCAAAUGCUCCCCAUCCUCAUCCUCAUCCCCAUGCAACCCGCAUUCUGGAAAUCAUAAUUUGGAUAUGGAUCCACCUCCUAAAAUUUGACAUAUCUAAUCAGAUUCAGGAUCCAGAAGAAGACAAAAGGAACAAACCUGAUCGCCCUCUACCCUCUGGUCGCAUAACCACCCAGAACGCAGCGGACGUGCGUUGGCUGCUAGUUCCCGUCUGUCUCAUGUUUUCAGCAAUGUAUGGCGGACAGACUCUCGCCUCUAGCGCUUGUUUUGAAGCCCUGAGUAUCUGGUAUAAUGAGUUUGGAGGUCACAAAUUUGCGCUUUCGAAGAAUAUAUUAACAGCCGUUGGAUAUACAUGCCUAGAAGCAGGCGCAACGAUCGUUGCAGGGUCCAGCCCGUGCCUCGAUAGUAUCAGUGCGCGCGCAGUUGCUUUUAGCUGUGCAGUAUUUGCAACGACGCUUCAUGCACAAGAUUUCAAAGGCGAGGAAGGGGAUCGCUUUGUAGGAAGACGCACUCUCGUCACUCUGUUCCCUACCUUUGCACGUAUUUCAAUGUCGAUCGGCGUCCCCCUUUGGUCUUUCUUCCUCAGCAGACUAUGGAAUGUGGAUUCGAUCUGUUCUAUUGCCUUUAUAGCGUAUGGAACAGUUGUAGGGGGGAGAUUCAUGGUUUAUAGGACCGCGAGCGCUGAUAAACAAUCCUGCAAAUUAUACAGCGUCAGUGAUCUCGAAGAGUUGGAAGUUUCUCCUUGCUAAUUCAUGAUUUUAGCUCUGGUUUACCAUUGCGCACUUACUCCCUGCCUAUUGGCGAUUUUUCUAUAGCACUUGAAGCUUUGAAGCUCGAAGUAUGUACCAAAAAAUGUAAUACAACGGGAAAAAUCCUCAGUAAUAUCAAUCCUGAUACACAUAGUCAACCGUAGUUACUCAAUCUCAAACAAAGGUACCUUUUGGAAACAUGGCGUGCAACAUCUGAACCAGGUAGCUGUUCGAAGCUGAGGAGUGCUGGAGCGAAGCUGUCGGAAGCACAUCGUAGUGUCUUGUCAUCGGUCGUUUUGAUGGAAAAGAGUAUAGACCCAACGGCAGACGAUAACAAGUUGGCUAUGGCAUUGUCAG